AUGAUUGAAAAUGGGCUGUAUACACCUUCAAAUGGUACUACAGGGAGGAAAAUCCCUACUCCAACUGAUAAUGAUAAUGAUAUGGAUAUAGAUAUAGAUAGUAACACACAAUUACCACCACGAUCAUCAGAAGAUACAUUACUGGAAAUAUCUAAAUUAAUUAUUGAUUCGCCAAGGAUAAAAUUAUUAGAUUCUAUUUCAUGUACACAUAAUCCCUUGUAUGAAAACAUUAUUACCAACUAUAUUGAAAAUAAUAUCAAUUUUCGUAAGAAUCCAAGAUUAUCCAAUCCAACCAUGCGAAAUCAUUUAAUUGAAUUAAUUAGAAACGUAUUUGGUAGAUCAUCAAUUUUAUUUGCCAUUGAUGUUGAAGCAUGGGAAUUUAGUACUGAAACGGUUACAGAAAUCGGUAUUGCCAUUUAUGAUCCUCGAGAACAACAAGUUUCUUUAGUUCCAUCAACUAUUCAUAUACAUAUUAGAAUCAAAGAAAAUUUAAAUAAAACAAAUGGGAGAUAUGUUCCUAACCAUGCGAUGAAUUUUAAUGGUAAUAUAACUUAUAUUAUGUCUCAAACAGAAGCUGUUUAUUUUACACAAAGUUUGGUUAAUUAUUAUUUUAGUCAGAUACAACAGACUGGAUAUUCAUGUUAUUUAGUAGGUCAUGAUGUGAAAGGUGAUGUGAAAUGGAUGAAUUCUUUGGGAGUUAAUUUUCCAACGGGUUAUCAAACUAUUGAUACUAAUCAUUUAUGUAGGAUUUCUCAUGGAAGAGCAAAUAUUAGUUUGAAAAAAGCACUUGAAGCAGUUGAUAUCCCAUAUGCUUAUUUACAUAAUGCUGGUAAUGAUGCUUAUUAUACACUUUUGUUAGCUAUGAAAUUAUGUGAUCCACAAUCUAGAGUAAGGUAUGGAUUAGAUAUAUUUGUUCCUGACGAGAACCAACAAAUGCAAGAUUCAUUGACACCGGAAGAAAAGAAAGCAAGAAAAGAAGAGAAAAAGGCACGAAAGGAAGCAAAUCGAAAGGCAAGAUUAGACGCUCGUUCAAGAGGUGAAGAAUAUAUACCUCCUUCUAGACAAAAGCAAGAACAAGAUAAGACAAACUCACCUAAAAAGAAGAGAAAGAAAUUACCCAGAGGUGUUACAUGUGAAGCAAUUGAAUUGAAUAGUGCAUUAGAAGCCACAUCGGUUAUAUUUAGAUGA